AUGGCUUCCCAGUUGUCGCACUGUAUCGAGGGACUGGACAAGACGUGCAAGGCCUGCACCACAGAGACCGAGACCAUCGCACAUUAUUUUUGGGAAUAUGAGCGCGUUCAGCGUUUCUGGGUUCUCGUAUCACGCUUUCUGCAAGACAACCGCAGCAACCAGUCAGGCCCGGCAUUCCGCGUCGGCAAGAUCAUGGUGGUCAACGGAUUUGGCAAAUCGAGGAAAUUAUUUCCAAACGCAGACACACUCCACGGAAUGGCUGUCUGGGAGAUAUACCGCGCACACGCCGAGCUUUCAAUGGACGACAUCCACCUCACAGCAGACGCCAUUUUUGGCCGCUGGAAAUCCUCGGUAAUGAGCCGCAUCGUACGAGAUUUUCACUAUUUGAUCUCACAUCGUAAGGCCAUCCUCGCAUUCAAGGACCGCUGGAUGCGGGUGCCAUACCAGUGGUUCCAAUUUGAGCCUGGCAAAGAAGUGCUCAUCGGAACCGUGCGUACUCUGCUUAAAUGGUUGGUGUGGUUAGAAAAUAUCUAUGGUGAAUUCUCUGAAGUGUAG